UUGUCGAAGGCCGGGGCAACGUUCAAUCGUGUGCGUACGUGCCUGAACGUUAGUGUCCAAUCGGAUCCCUGGCGAACGCGCUGCGGGGCAUUACGGGGUGCCAGUCGCGCGGGCGAUGACAGCAUCGUACCAUCCGUCUGGAACCUUGGAAUGCAUCUCUCGUCGCUUGCCGGGGCUCGCGCUCACCAUGCGCAAGCACCAUUGCUGCUCGCUUGGCUACCACGACCGAUAACACCAUGGUGCUCGACCUGCUGGCGCUGACGGCGAUACCCACGGCCGUCGGCGCGUCCGAAGCAGUGCACCAGCAGCGGCUGCUGGACGAAGAAGCCGAAUCCGAAGAGCGCCAGGCCCCGUUUUACCUCGACGUGUACUGCGAUGCCGCGUCGCGCAAACGGGACGAGGUGCACGAUGCCAUCGUCGUGUUAAAGGACGGAAAGCUCCGCCUCUGGCCCAAGGACGCGCACACGCAGCUCCCAAAGGACGACCCGGACUCGCACGCUGCACCACACCCGUUCACCGGCUUCUACCUGCCCUUCCCCGCCGAGGACCUGCCGCACCGCCCCAUGCCCGCGCGUCCCGUGCUCGGCCUCCUCAACUGGAUAUUCGCCGACACGGAGACGCGGGAGCUGCGGUACGGGCCGCGGGCGGAGGCACGCGAGCAUGUGGUUGGGCCCUGGGACUGGACCGAGGACGACGAGCAGGGGCUCACGUUGAACGGGGACGAGUGUCUUGUCGCUGUGGAGGAGGCCGAGGGCGGCCGCGGGUGGGCGGUCUACUGGGACGACGACGACGAUAGGCUGAAGGCGCACGGAAUCGCACAGAAACACAGGGUGCUGCGCUGCAGUCUGGAGCGGCGACUGGUCGAGGACGACAGAAGGCGGAUCGACGUCGAGUAAUGCAUGUCCCUAUCCUGCGCCAGCGAUCCUUCCUUCUUGAUGGAUGUAGCGACCUCGCCCUAGCCGUGGAAAACCAGCCCGUCCUUGCACCCCUCCGCCCGCACUGCGUCACCCCGUACAACCACCCCGGACCCCGACACUGCCUCCCCACGCCCCCAUCCCCGAA